CACAGUCUCGUAGAUUUUGCAGAUAAGACGUCAGUACAAUCUCGUUUUGUGCAACCACCGCCCCUUUAAUGCUGCCGUUUGGCCCACCAGCUUCAAUGGCGUUACUGUUAGAAACUGCAAAUUCUGUUCCAGUUGCUGAACAUUCUCCACCCUCGAUUAAAGUUUCAGACCGCCAUCGCUUCAGCCUUCAGACCUUCAGUGCUUCGCCUUCUGCAAUUCUACCCCUUCAGGCUUUACAGGGAAGGACCUUUAGCAAGCAGUUAGCGAAUCAGCGAGUCCUCUUCAGAACUCAGCAGUUCGUUCGCCGUACGCGGGCUGAGACCACUGCCCACCAUGGUAUGAAAACCUUUUGGGAAUUCACUCAAAUCGUGGCACUUAGAAGUUCAAAUUUGACGAUGGAGCUGGAAAAAUUGCACCCGGCUUGUGUAUGUGAAGGUAUACUGCUUCAGCUGUAA